AUGGCCGAAGUUUUCCACCCUUCACUACUGCUGACAGCAGCAGUCGCUGGCGUGGCGACGCACAUCGUGUACUUCCAGCGAUGUGAAUACACGCGACACAUGCGCACGCUCGUCUGGCUGUUUCUGGGUGCCAUCGCCGCUGGUCCGUUACUGCUUGCACGAUUCGGCGCUGCGUCCAUCACAGCAUGCAUCCUAACGAACACUGCGUUGAUCGGUACCUUCGUCACGGCUACGAUACUCAGCACAUUGUUCUACAGACUCUUUCUAAAUCCUCUCAACCGCUUUCCCGGACCGUACCUUGCGCGACUCAGCAACUUCUGGAUCGCCUUCCAUGUCGGUAAAGACCUCAAUCACCACCUCAAAUUGGAAGCUCUUCAUCGUCAAUAUGGCUCCAUCGUCAGGGUAGGCGCAAAUCGUCUGUCCAUCAUCCACCCUGACGUUAUUGAUGCCGGUUUGAAAAACGACAGCGUGGCUUCCAAAGGUCCAUCGUACGAUCAUGAUCAUCCUCACAGCAACCUACAUGGACUGCGAGACAAAAAGGUUCACGACAAGCUGCGAAACAAUGUAUGGGCACCGGCAUUCUCCGAUCGAGCGCUUCGCGAAUACGAGCCACAAGUCCGUGUCUUCGUCGACAAAGUUCUUGCGCAGAUCGCGAAACGAGAGGGACAACCCAUGAAUCUCUCCAUGUGGUUUGUCUUGUUCUCAUUCGAUGUGAUGUGGGCUCUUGCGUUUGGGAAGUACUACGGAUACAUUGAUGCAGGUGAGAGGCAUGAAAUGCAAAACAUACUGGACAAUGCGAUGGCAGUUCUGGGCCUGUCACUCCCACAAUGGUUCAUGAGACUACUGAGAAUGCUGCCGGGAGACUCGACCGGCCACUUCAAAUUCGUUCGCUAUACCAACAGCGAACUAGAGGACUCAGUCAGAAAUAACUUCGCCCAGAAGGAUGAUGCCGAACUCAAGCUACCGCCUGGCAAGGUGAUCUCAUCGUACCUCUUGGAGCAUUACAAGAAAGCACCGAAUCCGGAAACAAACCUGAUGUUCCAGUCAGACGCCCGAUUGAUCGUCGUUGCAGGCAGCGACUCCGUUGCGACUACCACGACGUUCUUGUUCCAUGAACUUGCAAAGCACCCUGAAAUUGUCUCACGCAUCAGAGAAGAUAUCCGGCAGAUACUCGGAGAUCGCUCGGUCGAAGAAUACACCGAUGCGGACGGCGUGCGGUCCAAGUACCUGAACGGCGUGAUUAACGAAGCACUGCGACUUUAUCCACCCAGCCCUGCGGGCGUGAAUCGGGACACACCGCCAGAAGGAAUGAGGGUCGGCGACGUCUACAUUCCCGGAAACGUCAAUUUCAACAUGCCCGGCUGGAUCACGGGUCGAGAUGAAUCAAUCUACGUCCGUGCGCACGAACUCAUACCCGAGCGGUGGUACAGCCAGCCUGAGCUCAUCAAGAACCGCGGCGCCUACGCUCCCUUCGCAAAAGGAUCCUGGGGUUGCAUUGGCAAGAACCUGGCACUGAUGGAACUUCGCUCCAUGACUGCGAAUGUCCUGUUGAGGUACGACAUGCGAAUGGCGCCGGGUGAGGAUGGAUGGCGACUGCAGCAUAAGAGUCAGGAUCAUGGGAUGAUGUGUCUGGCGCCGUUUGAAGUUGUAUUCACGCCUGUGGGUGCGAAUGGUUGA